UGAUUCGGCUGUGAACAGUAGGAUUUAAAAUAAAUUGAAGCGCUUGCUACUCUCCUUUAACCGUAGAAGAAACUAAAGUCACGUACUUUCCAGGUCACUUUCGAAAAACCAUUUUCGAAAUUGCCACAAAACUUCGAAAUAAUGUGUAGUAAUAUAUAUCAGAAUUAUAUUUUUGUCGGAUGAGGUGUCGGUGUUGGUCGAUUCGGGAUAAGUGCUCAUGAGUAAAUUCCACACAGUCGUUACGCUGUUUGUGCGCAGUUGCAAUUAGUAAAACUGUUCUUGCGUGGAGCAUAUGAAUGUCCAAAAUCGAAAAUUAUUGAAACCCUGUUUUCCUUCCGAUUUGUAGAUGGUUUUGCGCCUAUUUUGGAGAAGGGGUCCUGUAAUACGCGCACCAUGAAUAAUCAAUUCGUUAUACUAAUGUCCGUAUACUUAAUUACCAUUAGCGGUUGAGAGGCGUUGAGUUAACUUCUGGCGUGUUCUAGGCUCCUCCACUCUCUACAUACAGCUGGAAGAUCGUUAGAAAGAAGUGUCGCAACAAAGCCUGCAAGAAUGAGCAAACUCUUUUGGCUAAUAUCUUGCCUCAUGGCCGUCGGAUUUUAUGCAGAAUUAUGUAAAACAUCUUCAGUUGACAGGAUUGAAGGAGCAGCUCUGAAGAUUGCAACAUUUAACGUCCAAAUAUUUGGGUCAAAGAAAAUGGCAAAUACUUUGGUCAGAGAAAUAUUAGUCAAGGUGAUUUUAAGGUAUGAUAUCAUAUUGAUCCAAGAAAUUCGUUCAAAAAGAGAUCGACCGAUAAACUUGCUGUUCGCGGAUGUCAACAGGGUUUCAUCUCCCCCCGGCGUCUAUAAGAUGGCGUUGAGUGUCAGGCUUGGUCGCACAGCCAGCAAGGAGCAGUAUGCAUUCUUAUACAGGAGUGACAAGGUAACUGUUACGGACAGCUAUUUGUAUCACGACAACCAAGACACAUUUCAAAGAGAACCUUUUGUUGUCCAUUUCCAAGCCAAAGGAGCAUAUGUGUCAGACUUUGCUAUGGCUGCCAUACAUACUUCACCAAAGGCUGCAGAGUUGGAAAUCGACCAUUUGGUCGACGUUUAUGACGACAUUGUGCAAAGAUGGCAAUUGAGAGACGUUAUGAUUUUAGGCGACUAUAACGCCGGCUGUAGCUAUGUAACCAGGUCAGAGUGGCGUAAAAUAAGGCUAGCAACGGACAAGCGAUUCUAUUGGCUCUUUUCUGAUCUGAUGGACACUACAGUUGCGAAGUCCGAUUGCCCGUAUGACAGGAUGGUAGUUGCCGGGUAUAACAUGACCAGAGGAAUCUUUCCAGACAGCGCCUAUGUGUUUAAUUACAAAGAUGCUUAUGGACUGAGUCAAGAUGAGGCGAAGAAAGUGAGUGAUCACUGGCCCAUUGAGAUACAAUUUAAGGAUUCAACUUACAGAGAUGAGGAACAGUUCUUCCAAGAGUCUUUUACUGUCACAAUCAGGGAUAAGCGUAUGUCAAAGGUCUCCAAAUACAAGCUUUACGCAAUGCGUUCCAAAAACCCACUGCUGUCGCAAGGUUUCACUUUGAAAACUACUUACAACAACAGGAAAAUUGACGAAAUUAUCAUUUCAAAGGAAACCGCUUCAGUCGGAGAGGCGAGAGAUGCCGUAGAGGUUUUCCGCAAGACUUAUCCAAAGCUAGUUUCUUCCUCACAAGAAGCUGUAAGCAAACGAAAAAUGGGCCAGUUAACACAAGUUGGAGAUGCCGACUGCGUCGCUAGACAGCACGAGACAACAGUCUACCAAAUGCUCUCCAACACUUGCCAUGAUGUGAAAGUGAAGGAGAUUUAUUCAGUUCAACUUGUCUGUAAUGUACCACUUGGCUUGUGCGAGAUCAAUGUAAAAGUAGCUAAUUAGUCUUUGUCACCUUUAGCAUUGCAACCAUUGUCCAUUUCGUCAGCUUUUCCGUAAAUUACAUGUAGCCUGCCGGUUUGGUCUGUUUCGCACAAACGAUCGAAAGAUAAACGCACGUCACAGAUAUUUGUCGACACCCAGCAAGAGCUGUUGAGUCUAACGCCC